AUGGCGUCCUUAGCAAAGAAGCUCCUCAUGCCUCAAACGGUGGAGAUUCUUGAGGCGAUGGCAGCUAGGAGGGCUAUGAUCUUCAUGGAGGAAUUGGGAUUGUAUAGGGUCAUUUUUGAAGGAGAUUUAGAGAUUGUUGUAAAGGCUCUAACAGGGGGCUGCCCAAACAGGUCCAGUAUUGGGCACAUUGUUAAAGACUGCUUGUCAUUAAUGGGUUGUUUUCAAUUCUGUUCUUUCUCUCACGUGAGGCGGCAGAGCAACGGAGUAGCUCAUGCUUUAGCUAGGAGAGCAAGAAAGUCUUCCCCUUUGUCCGUUUGGAUGGAAUCUAUUCCGCCAGACAUUUCCUAUUUGGUGUAUGUUGAUGUUACGACUUAA